AUAAUAUGAUUUAUAAACAUAUUUUGAACAGUAUUUGUCUUGUCACUGGCGUCCAUUGAAUCCUUCACUAAUCUCAGGCCAUGUAUGUGUGAAAUUGAUCCAGCUUUUUCUCUUCUCAGCCAAAUGACUGUCACUUCUGGCAAUCAACUAGUGGAGUGUCAAGAAUGUCAUAAUCUGUAUCAUCAGGAGUGUCACAAACCUCAGGUUACUGACAAGGAUGUCAAUGACCCACGGCUUGUGUGGUACUGUGCUCGAUGCACCAGGCAAAUGAAACGAAUGGCCCAAAAGACCCAGAAACCUCCACAGAAACCAGCUCCUGCUUUGGCAACAGCGGCACCUAUGUUGAAAGAUCCACUAGUGAAGAAAGCUGAACUAAAGCCCAAACCGGAAACAACAGGUUCAUUCCAGGCCUUUAAAAGAACGGAGGUGAAGGCGUCUGUGGCAUCAGGAAACUCUUCCAGCAGUAGCUCGUCUUUGCCCCCAGGCCUUACAGGAUGGGCCGCUUUUACCAAGACCUCAAAUGUAGGACCUUCCAGUACCAAGUUGAGCACCAGUCAGCCGGGUAGCAGUAAAUCAACCCCACCUCCCUCGGGCUCCAAACCUGUGGGACUCUCUGCGCUGGCCAAUGUUAAGCCCGGUCUGGCUACUAAACCUUCAGGAAGCAGCAGUGGAAGUGGUAAUGGAAACAACGGCUCUAGCACGGUACCCAUGAAACCACCCCCUCCACUCACACUUGGCAAGCAGGUGUUGAGCCGCUCAACGAGUGGAGAUAGCUUGGGGAAAAUGACUGUGACUGGAUCACAGUCACCUGGGGCAGCACCCUCUAGCAGCCUGGGAGGCAACGGUGGGUCAGGAGGCAAUGGAGGGGGCAAUGGGGGCAACAGUGGUGGCAAUAGCAGCAGCAGCAGCAACAACAACAGCAAUGGAGCAAAAGCCUCAGCUGAUGGCAAGACGCCCACUUCCCAGGAGUCUCAGCUCAAUGCUAUGAAACGGCUGCAGAUGGUGAAGAAGAAAGCAGCACAGAAGAAACUGAAGAAAUGAGGAAGAAAAAGCCAGACUAGUAUGUUAAAGAGCAAGUCAAAUCCUGUUUUUCAAAUCAAAUAUAAUUGAAUUUGAAUGUUACUGGUCUUUCAGAAACGGUUUGGUUUGAAGAUGUGCCUCAUUCUUUCUAAACCAGCCACUUUACUGAAAACAAGCUGCUCGUUUUAAUGAUG